UAUUCUCCGACUAAAAUCCGUUUUACACGUUUCUUUCUUUCUUUCUUACCCCCGUAUGUAUGUUAAAUUUCCACGAACUCUUAUACAACACACUCAUAUCAUGUCUAGGUCCGACUAAUGCUCUGGCUCUUAGACUAACUGAAUCAGGAUAGAAAUACAGAAAGAUGCGGGUGACCGAAUCCGGUGGUGGCUGGAGAGAAAUGAAGGGGUUUGUGUUGCAGGUGUUCCUAGGGCGAUGGUUCAUGAUCUUCGCGUCUUUAUUAAUCAUGGCCGCCUCGGGUUCAACGUACAUUUUCGGCCUAUACUCCAGCGGCAUCAAGUCAGCCUUGGGCUAUGACCAAACAACGCUAAAUUUGCUCAGCUUCUUCAAGGACAUGGGUGGCAACCUCGGACUCUUAUCCGGGCUUAUCAACGAGAUCGCGCCGCCAUGGGUGGUUCUAUUAAUCGGGGCAAUUAUGAAUUUCUUCGGCUACUUCAUGAUAUGGCUCGCUGUUACUGAUCGUAUUUCCAAACCCAAGUUAUGGCAAAUGUGUCUGUAUAUUUGCAUCGGCGCAAACUCGCAGUCAUUUUCCAAUACUGGAGCAGUAGUCACGGCUGUCAAGAACUUCCCAGAAAGCCGAGGCAGCGUUCUAGGGCUUUUGAAGGGACUUGUUGGUCUAAGCGGAGCUAUUACGACUCAGAUUUACCAUGCUCUCUAUGGGGACAAAUCACAGUCUCUGAUUUUGCUAAUUGCUUGGCUUCCAUCAGCUGUUUCUUUUGUGUUUCUUCGAACAAUUCGAAUAAUGAAGAUUGUUCGGCAAUCAAACGAGCUCCAAGUUUUCUACAAGCUCCUGUAUAUGUCACUUGGCCUCGCCGGUUUCCUCAUGUUUUUGAUUAUCAUACAAAACAGGCUCAGGUUUACCAAGCUUGAAUAUAUUGGAAGUGCUUGUGUUGUUCUGCUCUUACUAUUUCUUCCCCUUGCAAUAGUUAUAAGAGAAGAAUUCAGCCUAUGGAAGAGAAAGGGGAACGCUCUAAAUGUCGAUGCCACCCAGGUCAAAGUAACAACUCAAAAUCCACCAGCUUCGGAGCAGCAUGAGGAGGAACCAUCAGUGUCACUUGGCGAAGCUCCCCCCGGUCACCGGAAGGCGGAUUCGUGCAUGAACAACAUAUUCAAGCCGCCAGACAGAGGUGAAGACUACACCAUACUGCAAGCACUUUUCAGCAUCGACAUGCUAAUUCUGUUCAUCGCCACGACAUGCGGCUUCGGCGGAACAUUGACAGCCAUUGACAACUUAGGUCAGAUUGGAAAGUCGUUAGGCUAUCCAACUCGCAGCAUCAGCACCUUCGUGUCCCUCGUGAGCAUUUGGAAUUACCUCGGACGAGCCAUGUCCGGCUUUGCUUCCGAAAUCUUAUUAGUCAAAUACAAAUUUCCUCGUCCCCUACUGCUCACUUGUGUCCUCCUUUUGUCUUGUGUCGGCCAUUUACUAAUUGCAUUUGCUCUCCCAAGCUCUCUUUACGUUGCCUCAGUGAUUAUUGGAUUCAGCUUUGGAGCCCAAUGGCCAUUAGUAUUCGCCAUUAUAUCUGAGAUCUUUGGCCUCAAAUAUUACUCCACCUUGUAUAAUUUUGGUACUGUUGCAAGCCCAGUUGGGUCUUACAUUCUCAAUGUCCGAGUGGCCGGUUUUUUAUAUGAUAAAGAAGCUUCGAAGCAGAUGGAAGCCUUGGGUGUGACCAGGAAGGCUGGACAGGAGUUGACAUGCACAGGCCAACAAUGUUAUAGAAUGGCAUUCAUUAUAAUCACGGCAGUAACGAUGUUCGGGUUCCUUGUUUCUGUUGUUUUGGUGCUUCGGACGAGGAAAUUUUACAAAGGUGAUAUCUACAAGAAGUUUAGAGAGGAAGCAAAGGCUGCAGAAAGGGAUAUGGCUUCCACGGAAAUGGGAUCCGGCCAAUGAGAGAAAACGAAGACGCUGAAGCCAGUUUUAUUGUCCUAGUCGAUCGAUGCUGGCUCCUACUUUGGAAUAAAGAUGUGUUUGAUUGCAUUUGAUGGACAAUAUUGCUCAAUUAUUUACUUCGAUCACUUCGAUUUUUUUUAUUUCAAAAAAAUAUAUAGUUUGACUAUUAUCAUGUUUUCGAUCUCUACCAUGUUUUACAUUCUACUCAAAGAUUUUUUUCAGAAGAGCAAAUUGUUCAAGUUUUAA